CUCUUCUCUAUCCAGCGAUCAGCCACCCAAAGUCACGCGAGACUAUCCAGUUCCCCGGAAAUCUUGCGAGUCUACUGGAUACGCGAGAGUCGUCUGAGUGAUUAAAAAAGGCGACAUUUCUCACCUAUUUUACACAGCGAAUACAACCUAACAAUUAAAACCGUCAUUCGGGGUGGAGAAGAUGUCCGACAGCGAAGACAGCGACCUCUCUGACAACCAGAGUGAGCGCAGCAGCGACGGAGAGGCGGAUGAGGUGGAAGAGGAGGAGACGGCCAGUCCGGUAGGCAGUGACAAGGCAGCCGAGGAGGAGGGCGAGGACCUGGAUGAGGACGAGUACGAUGAAGAGGAGGAGGAGGAAGAUGACGACCGUCCCAGGAAGAAGCCUCGACAUGGAGGGUUCAUCCUGGAUGAAGCUGACGUGGAUGAUGAGUAUGAGGACGAGGAAGAGCAACUGGAGGAUGGAGCGGAGGACAUCCUGGAGAAGGAGGAGGCUGAAGUGUCCAACAUCGACCACAUGGUGCUGGAUGAAGAUCAUUCUGGUUCCAGAAGGCUGCAGAACCUCUGGAGGGACUCACGAGAGGAGGCGCUGGGGGAAUACUACAUGAGGAAGUACGCCAACUCCUCAGGAAGGGAGCACUCCUCUGGUGGGUCCGAAGAGCUCUCUGAUGACAUCACACAGCAGCAGCUACUUCCUGGAGUCAAGGAUCCUAAUCUGUGGACAGUCAAGUGCAAGAUAGGGGAGGAGAGGGCCACAGCCAUCGCGCUGAUGCGGAAGUUUAUCGCCUAUCAGUUCACUGAUACACCGCUCCAAAUUAAGUCUGUGGUGGCCCCGGACCACGUGAAGGGCUACAUCUAUGUGGAGUCCUACAAGCAGACGCACGUCAAAGCGGCCAUCGAAGGCAUCGGAAACCUUCGGAUGGGCUUGUGGAACCAGCAGAUGGUUCCCAUCAAGGAAAUGACGGACGUCCUCAAGGUGGUGAAAGAAGUCACCAACCUGAAGCCAAAAUCCUGGGUCAGGCUGAAACGAGGCCUGUACAAAGACGACAUCGCACAGGUGGACUAUGUCGAGCCCAGCCAGAAUACAAUCUCCCUGAAGAUGAUCCCUCGCAUCGACCUGGACCGCAUCAAGGCCAAGAUGAGCUUGAAAGACUGGUUUGCUAAGAGGAAGAAGUUUAAGAGACCUGCUCAGAGGCUGUUUGAUGCAGAGAAGAUCAGGUCGCUGGGAGGGGAUGUCAGCCAUGAUGGAGACUUUAUGAUCUUCGAGGCAAACCGAUACAGUCGCAAAGGUUUCCUGUUCAAGAGCUUCGCCAUGUCAGCUGUGAUCACCGAUGGCGUAAAGCCCACUCUAUCAGAGUUGGAGAAGUUUGAAGACCAACCGGAAGGAAUUGACCUUGAGGUGGUUACAGAGUCAGGUAAGGAGCGUGAACACAACCUGCAAGCCGGUGACAACGUGGAGGUGUGUGAGGGGGAGUUGAUCAACCUGCAGGGAAAGAUCCUGAGUGUGGAUGGCAACAAAAUCACCAUCAUGCCCAAACAUGAAGACCUGAAGGACCCCCUGGAGUUCCCAGCUCAGGAGUUAAAGAAAUAUUUCCGCAUGGGCGACCACGUGAAGGUGAUCGCCGGGCGUUAUGAAGGUGACACGGGUCUCAUCGUACGAGUGGAGGAGAACUUUGUCAUCCUCUUCUCCGACCUCACCAUGCACGAGCUGAAGGUGUUACCCAGAGAUCUGCAGCUCUGCUCAGAAACGGCGUCUGGCGUUGACGCAGGGGGCCAGCACGAGUGGGGGGAGCUGGUGCAGCUAGACCCGCAGACAGUUGGAGUCAUCGUGCGGCUGGAAAGAGAGACGUUUCAGGUGUUGAACAUGCACGGGAAAGUGCUGACGGUGCGCCACCAGGCAGUCAACCGCAAAAAGGACAACCGUUUUGCAGUGGCACUGGACUCUGAGCAGAACAACAUCCAUGUCAAAGACAUUGUGAAGGUUAUUGACGGCCCGCACUCGGGCCGUGAAGGUGAGAUUCGCCAUAUUUUCCGAGGAUUCGCCUUCCUGCACUGUAAGAAGCUUGUGGAGAACGGAGGAAUGUUUGUCUGCAAGACUCGCCACCUCGUGUUAGCCGGCGGCUCCAAGCCCAGAGACGUGACCAACUUCACAGUUGGAAGCUUCGCCCCCAUGAGCCCACGCAUCAGCAGCCCCAUGCAUCAUGGUGGCGGUGGUGCACAGCAGCGAGGGGGAGGCGGAGGCGGAAUGGGGCGUGGCCGAGGUCGAAGAGACAACGAGCUGAUUGGUCAGACGGUUCGCAUCUCUCAGGGUCCUUAUAAAGGUUACAUUGGUGUGGUGAAGGAUGCCACAGAGUCCACAGCUAGAGUGGAGCUUCACUCCACCUGUCAGACCAUCUCAGUUGACAGACAACGCUUAACCACCAUGGGCGCACAGAAACACACUGGAAUGACCUCCUCUCACGGGCGCACCCCCAUGUACGGCUCGGGCUCCAGGACACCUAUGAGUGGCUCUCAGACGCCGCUGCAUGACGGAAGCCGCACACCUCACAGCGGCUCGCAGACGCCACUGCAUGAUGGGAGCAGGACGCCUGGUCAGAGCGGAGCCUGGGACCCCACUAACCCCAACACGCCGUCCAGGAACGAUGAGGAGUAUGACUUUGGUUAUGAUGACGAACCCUCGCCCUCCCCUCAGGGGUAUGGGGGUACGCCCAACCCGCAGACGCCUGGUUACCCAGAAGUCCCCUCCCCACAGGUCAACAAUCAGUACAACCCUCAGACACCUGGCACACCUGCUAUGUACAACACGGAGCAAUAUUCCCCUUACGCUGCCCCUUCACCUCAAGGCUCCUACCAGCCCAGUCCUAGUCCUCAGAGCUACCACCAGGUGGCGCCAUCACCAGUAGGCUACCAGAACACGCACUCUCCAGCCAGCUACCACCCAACGCCGUCGCCCAUGGCUUACCAGGCCAGUCCGAGUCCCAGUCCAGUCGGCUACAGCCCCAUGACCCCCGGAGCGCCCUCUCCUGGUGGCUACAACCCUCACACUCCAGGUUCCAACAUCGAGCAGGGCGGCAGCGACUGGGUGACCACCGACAUACUGGUCCGAGUCAAGGACUCCUUCAUGGACCUGAUGGGACAAACCGGCGUCAUCAGGAGUGUGACCGGCGGGAUGUGCUCCGUGUUCAUGCAAGAGUCUGAGAAGGUGGUCAGCGUCAGCAGUGACCACCUGGAGCCGGUCACCCCCACCAAGAACGACAAAGUGAAAGUGAUUCUGGGAGAACAUCGCGAGGCGACAGGGAUCCUGCUGAGCAUCGACGGCGACGACGGCAUCGUACGCAAAGUACUGGACCAGCAGCUGAUGAUCCUCAACCUGAGGUUCCUGGGAUGUCUGGGCCACUGAUGUCCGCACACUUUGUUGUGUCCUCACUUUCACGCGUCACAUGGAUUCUUGUGGCUCAUCAGCAUUUUACUACCAAGAUAAACUUUAUGAAUCUUUCUAUUUUUGUUUUGUUUUGUUUGACUCAACUCUUACCAGCUCAGUUGGUUUUAGUCACCUGACAUGACUUCAAUAAACUGUCAACAGGCCAA